AUGUUCAAGUUUCUAUUGUUUGCCGGUAUCGCAAUCAGUUUCAUUUUAAUCAAUAGAAUCGAAUCUAAAAUGACUACAACAAAAAGUUUUUUCAGUCAAAUUGGCUUGCGUGAAACGAUUUUAGGACGGUUUUUUCCUUCUACAAGCCACCCGUUAAACAGAAACUGCAAGUGCUCCAACGUCUAUAAGCCCGUGUGUGGAUCAAACAACAAGUCAUACUACAACGCAUGUUACUUAACAUGCGAUAAACAGAAUAGUACAGUUGUGGUCGAGCACUCGGGAAAAUGUUUAAUGUUU